CCGUGGGCCCAGAGCCGGCUCCGCGGGAACGGCGGCCCCGGGAGGUGGAGGAGGAGCAGCCCCCGCCCCGGAGUCCUCGGGAGCCUCGGGGCAGCUUGGCGUGCCUGACGGGGUCAGCCGUUAACAGUCUGUAUGCUUUUCCAAGAGCAACAGAGAAUGAACGAAUCCCAGGGGCCAGUGUCAUUCAGGGACGUGGCCGUGGACUUCACCCAGGAGGAGUGGCAGCAGCUGGAGCCCGAUGAGAAGACCACGUACCGGGAUGUGAUGCUGGAGAACUACAGCCAUCUCGUCUCCGUGGGCUACGACAGCACCAAGCCCAAAGUGAUCCUCAAGUUGGAGCAGGGAGAGGAGCCGUGGGUAGCCGAAGGUGAAGUGCCGUGUCAGAGUCAGCCAGAAGAAGUCUGGAAGGCGGAUGACCCGAUAGAGAGAAUCCCAGGAAGUGAAGACGAACAUUCAAGGCAAGCUAUUUCUAUCAACAGCAAAACCCCGGUUGAAGAGAGAGAGAAUGUGGAAACAAGCCGUGUUCCUUCAAACGAAACAUCUCAUACAUGUGUCUCCUGUGGAAAGAAUUUAGAAUCUACUUCAGAAUUAAUUAUUAGUGAUGGAAGCUAUGCGAGAAAGAAACCAGAUGAGUGUAGUGAAUGUGGGAAGAUGUACCACGGAGGGAAACCCUAUGAAUGUAAUCAAAAUGGGGAAGGCUAUUCUCAAAAUGAAGAGAGUAUUCUUCAGAAAAUUAGUAUUUUGGAGAAACCCUUUGAAUAUAAUGAAUGCAUGGAAGCCUUAGACAAUGAUGCUGUUUUCCUUGCUCAUAAGAGAGCUUAUAUGGGGGGAAAGCCCUAUGAUUGGAAUGACUCUGGGUCAGACUUCAUCCAGAUGUCAAAUUUUAGUGUUUACCAGAGAUCACAGAUGGAAUUGAAGCCUUUUGAAUGCAGUGAAUGUGGGAAAUCCUUCUGUAAAAAGUCAAAGUUAAUAAUCCAUCAGAGGGCCCACACAGGAGAAAAACCUUACGAAUGUAAUGUAUGUGGGAAAUCCUUCAGCCAAAAGGGGACCUUAACUGUCCAUCGGAGAUCACAUUUAGAGGAGAAGCCCUAUAAAUGUAACGAAUGUGGGAAAACCUUCUGUCAGAAGUUACAUCUCACCCAACACCUAAGAACUCAUUCAGGUGAGAAGCCCUAUGAAUGUAAUGAGUGUGGGAAAACCUUCUGCCAGAAGACCCAUCUCACCCUACACCAGAGGAAUCAUUCAGGAGAGAGACCCUAUCCGUGUAACGAAUGUGGAAAAUCCUUUUCACGCAAGUCUGCCCUCAGUGACCACCAGAGAACACAUACGGGAGAGAAACUUUACAAAUGUAACGAAUGUGGGAAAUCCUACUACCGAAAAUCUACCCUCAUUACACAUCAGAGGACCCACACGGGAGAGAAACCCUAUCAAUGCAGUGAGUGUGGGAAGUUCUUCUCUCGGGUGUCGUACCUCACUAUACAUUAUAGAAGUCACUUAGAAGAGAAACCCUAUGAAUGUAACGAGUGCGGGAAAACCUUCAAUUUAAAUUCAGCCUUCAUUAGACAUCGGAAAGUACACACAGACGAGAAACCCCAUGAAUGUAGUGAAUGCGGAAAACUCUCUCAGUUCUCCUAUGUCACUGACCACCCUACGGCUCCUUUAGGAGAUAAACCCUAUGAAUGUCAUGAAUGUGGGAAAAUCUUCCUUGACAGUUCGGCCUUCAGUGGGCACCAGUCACUUCCGAAAGGGGAGAAGUCCUAUGAAUGUAACAUCUGUGGAAAAUUGUUCUCCGAAUUAUCGUACUACACUAUCCAUUACAGGAGUCAUUCUGAAGAGAAGCCCUAUGGAUGCAGUGAAUGUGGGAAAACCUUCUCCCAUAACUCAUCCCUCUUUAGACAUCAAAGAGUGCACACAGGAGAGAAGCCCUAUGAGUGUUACGAGUGUGGGAAGUUCUUCUCUCAGAAAUCCUAUCUCACCAUCCACCACCGGAUCCAUUCGGGAGAGAAGCCCUAUGAAUGUAGUAAAUGUGGGAAAGUCUUCUCUCGGAUGUCAAACCUCACUGUUCACUAUAGAAGCCAUUCAGGAGAGAAGCCCUACGAAUGUAAUGAAUGUGGAAAAGUCUUUUCUCAGAAGUCCUACCUCACUGUACACUAUAGGACUCAUUCAGGAGAGAAGCCCUACGAAUGUAACGAGUGUGGGAAAAAAUUCCACCACAGGUCAGCCUUCAAUAGCCAUCAGAGGAUUCAUAGGAGAGGGAAUGUGAAUGUAUUGGAUGUGGAGAAUCUCCUGUGAAGUCCAAACCCUCUGAGUAGACCAAAAUGUAAUAGGGAGUCAGAUGUCACUGUCUGAGACUUCAUGUUUCUGAAUGGGGAAGCCAUUUAGGAAUUUAAUUUAUCUCCACCUGAUUUCUCGCAGAGAAGGAUCCCUAGGAAUGAAAGAAGCAGCAAAGCCUUCAGCAAAAUACUGCAACCCGUUGGGCACGAGAUAAUUUAUACAGAAGUGAAACUUGGUGCAUAUUUAAUAUUUAUUUUGGAAUUCAAAUUGUAUUUACAUAUCAGGGAAUCAUACCAAGGCGAGAUCUGUUAGAGGGAUGAAUGUGGGAAAACUAUUGUCUUGGAAAUUGUUAUACUAAAAGCCAUAAUUCUGACAUAAAUUCCAAUAGGAAAGCUAUCAGAAGCUAUCAGCUCUGAAUAAACCAUUGUAUCAAAUGAAGUUUUGGAAUCACCAGGAGUUUAUAAUGAGGACGGUAACAUUAAACAUAUAUAUGGCAGUUCUAUCAUGUUUUAAAAAUGCAGUCCAAUAGUAAUUCUCUGCAAAUUGGGAUUUGAAUUAUUUGGGAAAACGCAGUAUUUUGAGUAUUAAGGUGGCAAAAUGUACUAACACAGGAUAUGUGCUGUUGGUGAGACAUUUGCUAGGUACUAGGUAGUUAAAUACUUUUCUCUUUGUUGGGAGGCAUUGAUAAAUGGAUUUUUAGCAAAUGCCCCAUCAAUAAAGGCUAAGCGGUGGCUUUUGUAGCAUUUUCAACUACAUUUGAGCAAAAAGGAUUUUAAGACACUCUUUUCAUAAACUACACAUAGAUGAUUUGGAGUUAAGUCUGUGUCAGUAAAAGAGGGCAUCCACACAGUUUAUCUGUAGAAUAUACACAGUUCUCGUGCCACUCUGCUUGUCUAAUUGUUAGAGUGCGCAGUGUGCAGAUACUACAUAAUUCAGAUACAUCAUCUCUUCUUUUAUUUGACACGAAUACUAUUGUGUUCUGUGCACUGCCCCUCAUUCCCAGUAUUUUGGAACAAAUACAGGUUUCUAGCAGAGUUUUAGUUGAUUAACUCAGUGUCCUUUACCCCCUAAUUCCUUGCUGGAAGAGUUUGUUCACAGUUUCUUCACAAGACACAGAGUGGAUCCGGAUUCGUCUAAACCAAUCAUGAUAAUUCCAUUCCGAUUGUGAGUAACCUCUUUAUAGUGGUCGCAGGACCCAGUUCACUGGGCCAAGGAAUGCAAGGAUCAUUUAAUAAUCAAAAAUUAAUCACUGGACUGCUUCACAGAAACAAGUAAUCUAGAAUGCAGAAGUCAUUUGGUACAGUCAGCAUCCGUUAAUGUUCUCCAUAAGUUAUAGAUUUGAAGGGAACUUCCCUACUUGGACGAAAAGUAUCUAAAACUAUAACUACCAGCAUACCUAAUACCGAGAUACUGAAAGUUUUCUCCAGGAUUGGGGAAAAAAAAAAAAAAGGCUAUCCACUGUCAGUAAUUGUAUUCAGUAUUCUGCAGAAGGACGUAGCCAGGAGAAUAAGGGAAGAAUAAUAAUUAAAGAGCAUAAGGAUUAGAAGGAAGUAAAACUUUUAUCUGCAAUUGACAUGAUUUUGUACUUUGAAAGUUCUGAGGAAUGCACAGAUAAUUGAAAUGAAUGACUAGGUUUUGCAAGCUCCCUGCAUAUUAAGCUCAUUAUGCAAAAAUAGUUUUUUAAUAAACCAGCAGUGAACAUAAAAAAUGAAAAACUUAAAAAGCAAUACCACUUAGAAUAGCAUCAAAAUUCCUCAAGUGCCUCGAGGGAACAUUACCUAACUCCAUAUUUUCAAGAACUGUUUCUAGAAAAAAAAAAAAA